AAGACAGAGCAAAUCUGGUUAAGGGAGCUGAAUCUGGAAUUGGUAUUGAAAAGACGCAUUUCAUCAUUUUGUCUUCGGGAGAUAUCUCUGUCACAUCGAACAUUUUUGUCCUCAAUGGAGGGUUUGGGUUGGGAUGGUUCACUACUAGUCACAAAUACGCCAUCCUUGUGGAGUAAUCAGCAACAUGUUGAGGAAAGCAUGGUUUUGUCGAACUCAAACUCCAGCGUUUUGAUCAAUCCUAUCCAGGCGCUCCAAGAGGCUCAAACAUCUCAUGUUUUGGCAAGUUCCGAUAAAGUAGGCGUGAUGUUUCAGCCACUAACACUCGUAUCGGAUUCGAUGAAGUUUGUGUCAAACACGAAUCUUUCCGACCGCCAAGAAGCAAUGAGGUUGGCAGCAGAAGCCAUGGUUGCGAAACCAGGAGCUGGGACAAGUUUGGGAGAAGAUUUAACAUCUGAAUUAUGUCCUUCUCCUUUGAUGAUCAACGGGCAUUACAUAACGAACCCUUUGAGCGGAUUCUGGUCUGACUUUUAUAUGUCAAAACAAUCGCAACUGCUCAAUGGCUUACAAAAUGGAAAGGAGUGCUUGCUCUCAGAUACUAAUAACAAAGACACGUCGGCCGAACAUGAUGGGAUUCCCACGAUGUUCUCCAACUGCAGAAAUUUAUGGAAUUUUGGUUCUGGUAGUACUGCAAUUUCAUCAGGAGAGUCAGAGAAUAAUGCUUCCAAUGCAAGAAACAAAGACAUGCACUGCUCGGUAAAUGAGCUUGAGGAGAGAGUGUCAAAAAGUUCCUCGGAAUUUUAUGGCUACCAUGAGAAAUUUCGAGAAUCUAAGCCUGUUUCUACAAAGAGAAGCAGUAGUGAUCAGAGAGAGCUUAAAGCUGGUCAGAAUUAUCAUUCUUCUUAUCUUCUUCAAACUGAUUCUGCUACUACAAGAGGUGGGUUUAAGCUCAUAUCCGAGAAUCCGCCAAAAUCUAAGAAGUCUAGAUCAGAGAAACGUCCGAGCACAUCCAACAUCAAUUUCCAGCAGUCAGGUUCAUCGGUAUCCUCUUCCAUCGUGGAACCUGAUCCAGAGGCCAUUACACAAAUGAAGGAGAUGAUUUAUCGGGCUGCAGCUUUUAGGCCAGUAGUGAACUUAGGUUUGGAGGUGGUGGAGAAGCCCAAGAGGAAGAAUGUCAGAAUAUCAACGGAUCCGCAAACUGUGGCUGCGAGGCAAAGGAGAGAGAGGAUCAGUGAGAAAAUUAGAGUCUUGCAGAGGCUGGUUCCUGGUGGGAGCAAGAUGGACACUGCAUCAAUGCUUGAUGAGGCUGCAAACUACCUCAAGUUUCUCAGGUCACAAGUCAAAGCACUGGAAAAUCUAAGCCACCAACUUGACUCAAUGAACUACCCCCCUACAGAUAUUGCUUUUUCUUUCCACCCCUCUUUUCCCAAUUAAACCCAUUUCCCACUACAAAAACCCUAACCAUAAUCGCCAUUCGUAGAGUUGAAAAUAUUAAGAAACUUUAACCAAAGACUCCUAAUCAUAUUCCUCAUCAUUUCAGCACGAAUGAAUAGCAUCCAAAUCCCAUUUUCCAGCCAAAAACACCGAUCAGAAUCUGUGAUCCACAUCAAAAUUAAUUAAUUAUUAUAUCUCUGUGAUCUAGGUCUCAAUACUCUAGCUGAUAAUGGAUUUUUUUAAUUAUCUCAGUCAUGAGACCCACCACCCAGGAGCAAAGGGAGGUUUUUUGCUGCGUUAUUCUCAGUACGUAGUAGGUUUGCAGCUUCCAUUAUUAUUAUGUUCUGUUCUCUGAAGGAAGAGAUAAUUGUAGUGGAAGUGGCAAUUAUAAGUGUGGACAUGACUAAGCUAGCUAUUCAUCAUCAUGACCCUUUUUCUGUACAGAAAGGCUUAGCAAUUAUUCCACUUAUGAUUAAGCUGAAGAGCAUGAAAGUGAUUGUACGUCCCAGCUUUGAAUUUUGUAUAACUAUUUAAUGCGAUCUGUGUAG